GCGUGGGGCCUUCUCCUUCCCAGGCGAGAAGCGGGAGCGGGAUGGCACGCACUGCGCUCUGCCCUGACGCCCCGUUUGUCUCCGCGCAGAUCCGAAGACCGCCUCGCCUGCCGCGGCCAGCAGCCCCUGCUCCAUGGUCGGUGUGACUCGCGGGAGCGGCCCACCCAACGAACGACAUGAGCCAAGGCCGUGGGAAAUACGACUUUUACAUUGGUCUGGGCUUGGCUAUGAGCUCCAGCGUUUUCAUUGGAGGGAGUUUCAUUUUGAAAAAGAAAGGCCUCCUGCGACUUGCCAGAAAGGGGUCCAUGAGAGCAGGGCAAGGUGGCCACGCGUACCUGAAAGAGUGCCUGUGGUGGGCUGGACUCCUGUCAAUGGGAGCUGGUGAGGUGGCCAACUUCGCUGCAUACGCGUUCGCACCUGCCACGCUGGUGACUCCGCUCGGGGCACUCAGUGUCCUCGUAAGUGCCAUUCUUUCUUCAUACUUUCUAAAUGAAAGACUGAAUCUUCACGGCAAGAUCGGGUGUUUGCUGAGCAUCCUAGGGUCUACAGUCAUGGUCAUUCAUGCUCCAAAAGAGGAGGAGAUUGAGACCUUAAAUGAAAUGUCUCACAAGCUGGGUGAUCCAGGCUUUGUGGUCUUUGCCACCCUUGUGGUCAUCGUGUCCCUCAUACUGAUCUUCGUGGUGGGACCUCGCCACGGACAGACGAACAUCCUCGUGUACAUAACAAUCUGCUCUGUCAUCGGGGCGUUCUCCGUCUCCUGCGUGAAGGGCCUGGGGAUCGCCAUCAAGGAGCUGCUGGCCGGGAAGCCUGUGCUGCGGCACCCGCUGGCCUGGGUCCUGCUGCUGAGCCUCGUGGUGUGCGUGAGCACCCAGAUCAACUACCUGAACCGGGCCCUGGACAUAUUCAACACCUCCAUCGUGACGCCCAUCUACUACGUGUUCUUCACCACGUCCGUGCUCACCUGCUCCGCCAUCCUCUUCAAGGAGUGGCAGGACAUGCCCGUCGACGACGUCAUUGGCACUCUGAGUGGCUUCUUCACCAUCAUCGUGGGGAUAUUCUUGUUGCAUGCCUUCAAAGACGUCAGCUUUAGUCUAGCAAGUCUGCCUGUGUCUUUCCGAAAAGACGACAAAGCGGUGAAUGGCGGUCUCUCGAGUAUGUACGAGGCGCUGAAUAACAACGAGGAGAGCGUGAGCUGUGGAACCGAACACACUGGUGAAAACGUUUCCCGGAGAAACGGAAACCUGGCACCUUUCUAGGAAGCGUCACUAAAAGGUUCACCUGUAAUUCUGUUGUAAAGUGAGCCCGAAUACCCGAAGGUCUCUGGAAAAGCAUCGUCCUCCAUAAUGUUCUCUAAAGACAAUCUUUUCUAAAGUCUGUCUAAUCUGGACCAGUAAUUACUCUCCUGUGUCCCCCUAGUGUCAUUCGCUAGAAUGACGGUAGUACGGGCUGGCUCCUGCUCAGCUGUACUGCUGUGGCGGUAUUCGGCAUUCUGAACCCUCACAUCUAAAUGCACUAACAACAGUCUCGAGUCUGAAAGUGAUUUUUCGCAUUGGCGACGGGAGUCUGAAAUGUGCACCUGUCACCCCCACCCCGUCUGUCCCAGACCACGUACUGCUUUUUUAUUUGAAAGGAGUUACCCGAAUACAGUACCCUGUGACUUCACCUUACCUUUAAA